AAAGUGAACAUCUGUAGUGCGUAUUAACUCACUCUCACUUCAAGGUAGAUUUCUCCACUAUUCCGUCAUGACAGGCAUUUUGGAGUGCUGCGAGAAGUUGUUUGGUUCACGGGACCUCUAUAAAGUGCUGGGAGUAGCGAGAGAUGCCAAUGACAAUGAAUUGAAGAAAGCAUACCACAGAGUAUCUCUAAAGGUUCAUCCCGAUCGUGUGGGUCAGGAAGAUAAGCAAGAUGCUACACACAAAUUUCAAACACUUGGCAAAGUCUACUCAGUUUUAUCUGACAAGGAUCGUCGAGCUAUAUAUGAAGAGACAGGUGAAGUUGACGAUGAAAAUGUUUCUCCUGAUGAUCGUGAUUGGGAUCAAUAUUGGCGUUUGUUGUUCAGGAAGAUAACUGUUGAGGAUAUCAAGAAUUUUGAAUCGAAAUAUAGGGAGUCUGAGGAAGAACUGUCUGAUCUGAAAGAGGCCUAUUUAGACGGUGAAGGAGAUAUGGAGUAUAUUUUGCAAAAUGUAUUAUGUUGCACCAUUGAUGAUGAACCAAGGUUUACAAAGAUAAUUAAGGGAUGGAUCAAGGAGGAGGUGGUUCCUGAUUUUAAAAAAUUUUCAAAAGAGAGCAGAAAGAAGAAAGAAACGAGAAAACGUAAGGCAGCAGAAGAAGCAGAAGAGGCAGAAGCAAUGAAAAAGGAAUUGGGACUUGGUGACACCACAGAUAGUUUAAAAGCUCUAAUUCUCAAACGUGGAAAACAACGGGCAGAAGAGAUGGACUCGUUUUUAGACAAUUUGGCAAAUAAGUAUGGUGGAGGAGGCAGUGGAAAGAAAAAAAGUUCAAAGAAAGGAGGAAAGAAAUAAUUGAAAGAUUUCAGGGAUUAAAGAAAGGACCGAAAGUAAUAUGUUUAACACACUGAUAUUCAAAAUAUAUGCAGUAUAUUACAAUUAUGAAGCUUUAUUGAAAAUUAUCAAAAGACAUUAAAUUUUUGGAUUAGAGAAUGUGGGUUAGUUUUUGUGGGACUUUAGAGAAUGGAAUAUGUUAAAGAAGGGGAAAUAUUUAAAAGUUGACAUUAAAGAUUCUGUUCUCAUUUUUUGAACAGUAUAUGCAGCUUUACGUAUACAAAAUUCCUAGUGAUGUAGAGUAUUUCCAUUUCUUAUUUCUAAUGGAAAUAUUACUGAUGUUGAAUUUUGCAUAACAUUUUACAGUCUGUUUUUAGAAAAUGCAAAUAAUUUGAAAUGUGAAAAUUUGUAUUUGUUGAGUUACCCAGUCUUACUCCAGUAGGGGUACAGUUAAAGGAAUUUGUGUUUAUACCAUGUAUGUAAAUCCCAUAAUUUGGAAAACAAGUGGUAUGGAAACAAUACAAUAAUUACAAUUUUCACUAUGCAGCUUUAGUGUCAUUCCAUAUUGACCUUGAUGCUUCAUCUAAAAGAAAAGGCUCUUACUCUGGUGUAUUUUGAUUAGGAAUCUGAAUCUCGGUUUAGUUAUAGGAAAAGUGUCUUGACUGGCAAGGCAAGACAGGAAACCGAGCUUAACAUGCACACCACAAUAGGAGUGGAGUACGAAUCUUGCAAAAUGCAGCUUUCUGUAAAGCCUGUUAAGCUUGUUUACCCAUGACUAACAGAGUACACAGGAGUAUUAUUUUGUAUUGAGAAUUUUAUUUGAAAAAUUAUUUAGCAUUAAAGCUUAAAUACUUUGGUUUACUAAUGAAAUUUGCCUUGGAUACUGUAGAAUAUAAUUUGGCAUUACCCUGGUUAAAAACUACAAUUUUAAUAUGUUUUUGUACCGGCAUAUAAUCAAGGGUAAACAUUCUUAAGUGCAGGUGUAUUUUUUCUAUUUAAAAGCUCAUGGAUGCUGCCUAAUGCAAGACUUAGUUCAAGGAAAUAUUAAUAAGGUAUUUCCAAAGUACAAGCCUUAUGUAUUUUGUUACUGAAUCCAAAAACCUCUGCAACACUGUGUGAUAGAGUUUGCAGAAGGUAUACAGUGGGUGACAGAAGUGACAUAAUGCCAUGAUAUAUGUACAGUAUUUGCAACCUUUGUAUAGUAUGCAACUAGAGUUAAAUGUUGCUCAUACAAAAGAGAAGCAGCUUAAAUGCACAGUUUCAAAAAUUCAGAGUAGGAAAGACAAUGAUUCAAGCAAAUUUUGAUAACUGGUGGAAUCCCAGUUUUACACAUUUAAUUCAUAAGACUCCUUCCCUUAAAAAUUUUCCUUUUUAUGUUGUAUUUAAAUUAUGCACUUCAGUUUUUAGCCGUAAUUGGUAUUACUAUUAAUAUAAUUAUUGGACUUGUCUUUAGUAAUGUUUACUGGUACAGUAUUUUUGUUUGAGUAGUGUAUUGCAAAUUAAUAAGUUUGUGGCUAUAGGAGGGUAGGCACAAGAGGAAAGAGGAGUGAUUGGUGGAAUGAUGAGGUAAAGGGUGUGAUAAAAGAGAAAAAAGUAGCUUAUCAGAAAUUUUUACAAUGCAGAAGUGAUAUAAGGAGGACAGAGUAUAUGGGGAGUAAAAGAAAGGUUGAGAGAGUGCAAAAGGAGAGCAAAUGAUAGAGUGAGAGAGGCACUGUCAAGAAAUUUUGCUGAGAAUAAGAAAAAAAUUUGGAGUGAGGUAAACAAGUUAAGAAAGCUUUGGGAACAAAUGGAUUUGUCAGUUAAAAACAGUAGGGGUUAGCAGAUGGGGAGCUGGAGGUAUUGGGUAGAUGGCAAGAAUAUUUUGAGGAACUUAAAUGUCGAUGAAGAAAGGAAGGCAGUAAUUUCAUGCUAGGGAGGUAUAACAUCUUAUAGGAGUGAAGAAGAGCAGGAUGUGAGUGUGGGGGAGGUGCAUGAGGCAUUACAUAGAAUGAAAAGGGGUAAAGCAGCUGUAACUGACAGGAUCAUGAUAGAAAUGUUAAAAGCAGAGGGAGAUACAGUGUUGGAGUGAUUGGUAUUUUUGUUUAAUAAAUGUAUGAAAGAGGGGGAAGGUACCUAGGGAUUGGCAGAGAGAGUGUAUAAUUCCUUUAUAUAAAGGGAAGGGGGACAAAAGAGAUUGAAAAAAUAUAGGUGGAGAAGUUUACUGAGUAUACCAGGUAAAGUGUAUAGUAGGGUUAUUAUUAAAAGAAUUAGAGGUAAGACAGCAGGAUUGCAGAUGAGCAAGGAGGCUUUAGAAUGGGUAGGGGAUGUGUAGAUCAGGUGUUUACAUUGAAGCAUAUAUGUGAACAGUAUUUAGAUAAAGGUAGCAAAGUUUUCAUUGCAUUUAUGGAUUUAGAAAAGGCAUAUGGUAGAGUGGAUAGGGAAGCAAUGUGGCAGAUGUUGCAAGUGUAUGAAAUAGGUAGUAAGUUACUAAAUGCUGUAAAGAGCUUUUAUGAAGAUUGUUUUUAUGCAGGGAGUUUGUAGUGUGGAAAUUAGGAGGUGUGGAGUUGCUAAAGGUACUAGUUAGAGGGCUGAAGAUAGGCUGUUGAGGCGGUUUGGUCAUUUAGAGAGAAUGGAAUCAAGAAGAAUUACUUGGAGAGCAUAUAAAUCUGUAGGGGAAGGAAGGUGGGGUAGGGGUCAGCCCCAAAAAGGUUGAAGAGAGGGGGCAAAAGAGGUUUUGUGGCCAAGGGGCUUGUACUUCAAGCAAGUGUGUGUGAGCAUGUUAGAUAGGAGUGAAUGGAGACAAAUGGUUUUUGGGACCUGAUGAGCUGUUGUAGUGUGAGCAGGGUAAUAUUUUGUGAAGGGAUUCGAGGAAACCGGUUAGCCAGACUUGAGUCCUGGAAAUGGGAAGUACAAUGCCUGCACUUUAAAGGAGGGGUUUGGGAUAUUGGCAGUUUAGAGGGACAUCUAAGUUGUUAUAUCUGAGUGUCUCUCAAAGACAGUGAUUAUGUAUGAGUGAUGGUGAAAGUGUUGAAUGAUGAUGAAAGUUUUUUUUCUUUCUUUUUGGGUUUUUCUUUCUUUUUGGGUCACCCUGCCUCGGUGGGAAACAGCCAAUGUGUUAAAAAAUGUACAAUAUAAAAAAUACAUCAUUCUUGUAAAUUGUUUUUGAAUGAGGUCCUUGCUGUGUAGAAGCAUCUUAGUAUAAAUUAAUUCCUUCCACUCACUGUCUUAUGUAGAACCACAUUAUUGACACUAAGGUCUGUCAAGUAGUUACAUCAAGAGCUCAGCUCAAUUGGGUAAGUUGUGAGUGUUAAAUUGUGGCCUAGAUAUAAGAGGAAUAUUGUGUGGUGAGUGUGCACCAGAGGCAGACUGGCCAUAUGGGCAUUUGAGCAAUGUCUGGUGAGCUGCUGGGCUAGGCAGAAAAAAAAAAUCAUGAAAAACCAAAGCCAUAGCCGUUUCACAAAGA